CACAGCAGCACGCAUCAUUGAGGCUCGACACAUAUGAAGUCGCCAUUCUUCCUUGUGUCAGUAAUAGCAAUGAGGCAUUUGGAGUUUGGAGUUUGGCAUUUGGAAAUGGACUCUUUUUCCAAGUGCACUCCUCUACGACUACCACUGGCACACGUGGCAUCACCAAGUUGUCACCUACGUUGCGUGGCUAGCUGUUCUACACCCACCGACGACACACCCACACGCCCCUUCUGUCUGCCUGUCUGUCUGCCUGCCUGCCACGCUACAACAGAGGUCUGCAUGUGCAUAAAGCCUUCAGAUCACCGAGCCAGUCAUACGAACCAGCCAGAGCGGUGCAUGUCCAUAUAUAUCUUGAGGUGCAUGUAUGGACAAAAAUAUACAUGUAUGUACACAAAAAUAUGUAUGCAUAUAUGUAUAUACACAAAAGUAUUUAUGUACACAGAGUCGUGUGUGCGCGCACAGCAGAUCGAGUGUGUUGCCGUCGGCCAGACCGACACAAAAAAUAAAUGCUGCCUCACUCUCUCACUCGCAGCACGAAAAUAAAUCGACAUAUACUCAGCACUUCUCUUCUUGCAAAUGUACGCGCGUCGACUACGACGCAGCGGAAGAGUGCUGGCAGACAGCCACGGCGUCAUAAACGGCCUCGGCCGACACGGACAAUGCCACACUGUCCUCCUCGUCACUGCUCAGCCGGUGCCAAUCGACACGCAUGAGAUGAUGGCAGGGGGGCGUCAGGGCGGCCGUGUGGGGGUCGCUCUGCAAGUGCGACUGGGUCGAGCUGACAGGCGACACCGAGCCGGUCAUAGGCACCUCAUCUGCUGCAUCGCCACAUGGCGUCUCGACCACUGUGGGCGCGAGGCUGACGAGGGCCUCUGGGAUGGCAUCCUGCAGACAGCAGAAGAGACGGCCUUGGCCAUACUCACAGACACCCCCGUAAAUGUAUCUCUGGCUGACCGGUGGGCUGCCUUUAUCGAUGAGUGCUCGUUUGGCCUUGCGGAACGCCUCAUAGAGCCCCCGCCAGCCGCCAGUGUGCUGCUGGGGGUCUGUCGGUACCUCGGUGGCGGCCUUCUCGAGAUCACUGCCGUCGGCCGUCCGUUUGAGCUGGUGCAUCUGCUCUCUCGUGACGAGCUCGUCCACCACAUAGGACAAGUUGGCCUGCAGGUCGUGCAAUGUGAUGCCCGCAGACACCUCUGAGGGCACCGGCUGCUCGCUUGGUUCAUCAGUGGACGUCUUGCCGGCCUCCGAUUGGAUCGAUACUGCACACAUCACCAUCCCGUGAUAGCACGAAUCAGUGUGGUACGUAUCAUGGUCCAUGCAGUAAACCGACCGUCGCUAGAGCGUCGACUGCGAAAUACAUUGGAGAGGUCGCUCGUCCGCAUGUGCCGCAGACCCUGGGGGACACACACAGGCCGAUCGACCGUACAGACGGGGGGUCUUCUGUCCUUCGCCUCACCGUCACUGUGCGGUCGUCGGGUCUUGGCAGAUGGACGACCACAUGGCCUCGUCGACGGCUGCGCAUCUCCACUCGCUUCUGCCGCAGGCCCUGCACCAGGAAGGCGUGGCUCCACAGAAACUCAUGGCUGGCCAAACCACCAAACACACACAUACACACAGACAGCAGAAGACAUCGGGGCGCGUGUUGGUAUGCUUACAGGUCGCUGGGCACGUGUGUGAGUUUGAGUCUCUCGAUGGCGUCCUGCAUGGCGGCUGACGUCAGCUGCAUGGCUGUCACCGCACGAUGUACCGGCCACCCGACACACGGAUGGCACCCCUCUGAUGCAGCGGGGGGGCCGUCGGCAGAGAGAGCAGCACUGGACCAGUCAUAGAAGACCUUCGGUGAGAUGCGCCGUUUCUCCUCCUCUCUGUUGAUGAGCCACGACAAAAGAGGGCCCGUCACACGACCGGACAUCAUACGGGCUGAAAGGACACGACAGGGCACAAGCAGCCAGAUGGAACCGAGCGUGCUGAUUGGAUGCUCUUCCGUUGCCUACCAAUAGCAUUUUCGCGGUCGGUGAUGGCCGUGUAUCUGUAGCCGACUUGCAGCAGGCCAUACCGACAUACCUGCGCGGCCAGCAAAAUAUGAUGCACCAGAUUGGCCAGAAUGACAACGAGCACGAGGCCGAUCGUCAACACAAGAGAGGUCCCCUCGGGCAGCAUGACAACGAACUGCAUGACGAGCAGCGACACGAACCACACCAGCAGCCCACGCAGCUCAGACCGAUUGAGGAUGUCCAUGCUGCUUCGGUCGAAGGGCCAAACAGCGAAUUGCAGCGCCAGACACACACUGGCGACCACAGUCCAGCCGAGCAGCUGCUGGCGGGGCUGCGCCGUCGCUCGCUGUGCGAUCAGCAGCACCAACACGCGCCUCAUGGCCAGCACAAAGUCCCAGUAGUGGAAGUUCUUGCGAUAGCCUACAUAAAGGAAGCCCACCCUUCUGCGCGUGUGGGGGUCCUGCAGGCGGUCUCUGUGCCGCCACAGAAACGCCACGCCACACACCAUUGGUGCGAGCGUCCACAAUAACAGACCAGCCACAGCAACCCACAAGAACGGGGCAUGCUCGGCAGAUCCGAAGAGAACAUGGGAAUCGAGGUCCAUUCUCGAGCGCAUGUCAUCCAUCGGAUCAGUGGGCAGCAGGCUGACACUCUCUCCUGAGGCGAUAGGGGUAGGCGAACCCACAUAGGGGAAAGGCCGGCAGCGCAGGAGGGCCAGCAUGCUCUUGGUCACGGUGGGAUAGAGAAAGGUGAGGUUGACGACCAUCAUGGUCCCCCUUUUGUCGAGCCACUGCCGCCAUCGGCCGCUCUUGUGGGCCUCCGUUAGGGAAUGCUGGCAGGACGGAGGCGUCACUGACUCGGUUCGAAAGUCCUCCUGAAAUGUGACUGACCGCUGGCGAGGGCAGUGAGCGGCAGGUGUGUCUGUCUUGCCGUUGGCGACGGAUGGCGGUGCCGAGAGGGCCCGGAUGUUUGUGUCGGUGGCGAGUGAGGCUCGUUCGUUGCUGCCAACGCGCCGUCUUGACUUGAAGGCAUCACGCACUCGGUCAAACCCGCUCGCUGCAGCCACGACACGAGCCACAAAUGAUCACAUGCAUCGCCCCCUAGAGUGUGUGUUCGUGGUUACCAAUGAUAGGCACAGCAGUGAGCCAGACGAGUGGCAAAGCCAACCACACGGCAUUGCGGUACAGAACGCACUUAUCGCCCACGUAUGGCCUCAGCAGGGACUCCCACACUCCUCGCAGCUGAGGAACCCCGCCGGUCCAGGCGAAGAACCCGCCGAGCAGUGAGGAUAUCUGGCCGCCCCAGACGGACGACUCGUCAAACGCGAGAAAGGCCAAACCACAUACCUGCACACACACACACAUACGGCAACAUCAUAUACAGGCGAUGGAAGGUGGGUGCAUGAGUUUCUGUUUAUCCGCCAUUGCGUACAGCAGUGAUGUGUGAGAGGCCGAUUUUGAUCAGCUGAGACGGCACCUGAGCGCGCAGAGACGACGAAGCCCUGACACACACCCGUAAGCUCAACACGAAGAUUGAUCGAAUUAAAACUUUGCGUGAGAGAUGGACCUUUCAGCAAGCGCCGUGAGUAUGAAGAUGGCCAUCAGAGUGGCGAGAACGAGCAACACGUUGACAAGCACAAUCUGCCAUAGUGGGUUACAUGGGGCGCAGGGCUGCUGUGGCGUCUGACGCGAGAAGCCGGCCUUGCACCGAGAGCACACAAAACCCUCGUGACCCUCCUGAGACAGAGACAAGGCGAGAACGAAAAAAUGGCGUUUCUCGGAGGGAUGCAGUUGGCUGUUACCGAGCAUAUGUUCAGCCCGUCUGUCUUGUUAGUGCCUUUGCAGGCCGACGGCAAUGGACACGACAUCACUAUCGGCAACGAAGUCAACCCAGAGCCAUAUCUAAAACACGCCAAAACACGCACACUCCCUCAUAUGGCUCGUACAGUAAGACCCAUCUUACGUUGUCACUUCUCUUGUGGUGUUGUGAGACGGGCGAUCCGACUGUAGCUGGACAGUGAGCUGGAAGAAGCCCGGCAGCACACUCGCAUUGUAGUUGAUGGGGACCGAGCAGUUCAACCCAGGCAAACAGUCCUGGCAGAUCCACGCGCUGCGACUUCCAUCAGCGCCGCCUUUGCGCACGCCGAUAGACCCAGCCGUACACGGCUCGCACGGCUCCUUGCCGCGCUGGUGGCCAAGACGGCAAUAGCACGCAGGUGAGCCCUCGUCAGAACCUGCAGACAGACGCGUAGACCAACAAUCUAAGUCGCAAGGGCCUAUUGUCAUGUGUUUCUUCCAUCUCUGACCUGCAUCAUCGGGACAUUGUGAGCAUGUUUGUGUGCCAACUUGUCUGUUGCUGUAUGAGUCAGGGGGGCACUUGGUGCAGUUGAUGCCGAUGCCCUCGUAUCCGGGCAGGCACCGACAUAGGGCAUCCGAGUCGAAGGUGUAGUCGAAAGGUGCGAGCAGGGAGAACACUAGUGAGCACAGUGGGUACAAUCAGCACGUGUACUCGUUCUGUGUACUUAACCAUAUGGAAUCUGACCUCUAGCCUGUUGAAUACCGAGCAAAACUCUGUGCACUCGAACCGCUCCUCACCGUUCUCCAACGUCCGCACGACAUAUCCUGCACAAACCAUUUCCAACCACAUGCACUGAUGUGGACUGACGCACUGCAGUGGGUAUCUGCUCUGCGUGUGCUGUGACGAGGAUCCUACCCUACCUUGCGGGUCGGGCACCAGUGGCGUCAAGUGUGGAUCGUCGGACGCGGUCAAUGAUGGGCACCAACUGAAGUUUUGAUGCGCACCGCUUGACCGACGCAAAUCAUUACACUUCUAAACCACAUACACACCCCACAGACACCGAUAACAACACACAUAUAUCGGCCACCAAUUAUACAUACAGAGGCUCUCUGCUCUUUUUUCUCACCUCGAUGGGUGUAACGCUGACACACACCGAUGUCUGCUUCACAUCGAGGUCUGGAUUGUCCGUGAACCUCGCGUAGUCGGAUGAAAACAGCCUAGAAUCAGGCCUUUUCACUCGUCUCAGUGAGUUGUUUCGCAUGUCGACGUGGUAGAGCCGUGACGGAAACGCUUGAAACGUCUCGAUGGCGGUGAUGUUGUUGUCCCUCAAAGAGAUUGAUCCCAGAUAGUGGAAUACAGAGUCCAAGAAGAAAUAGCUGUCAGCCAUCUGAGAACGCACAAAAGACUGAUGGUUGUGCGUUCGCCUGUCUGCAGCAAAGAUCGAUUACAGAUGUCAAUUGGUUAGCCACUCUCAGGGGGAAUCCAAAGAAGGCUUCACAGCGCAUCGCACCGGAAAGACUGCAAUUCGAUGCAUCCAGCACGACCAGACUGUCACGCACACGAAGGCACAGAGCAGGAAGCGAAUGCCACAAAGCCAAUGAUGCUCAGUUACUUGUUCUGCCAUUUAAGGGGCAUGAGGAAUUCGGUCACGUCGAGGUUGAUGGGGUUGUUUGACACAUCCAGCUCAUGCAGACUGCCCCAGUCAGGCGGAUCCAGCGCCGACAGCAAGCCCGACCAACUCCACCCGCCCAUUUCUGUAGUUUUGUCAAACACAUUUACACAAAGAAUACAAACCGCACGCCUGUGUGCCUGCCUGUCCGGAUGUGUGUGCAUGACAACGAGCUCACCCAAGUGCCCAUCUAUGUAGCAGACGCCUUUUGGUGUGGAGCCCCACUUAGGCCACUGGCUAAUGCGGUUGUUGGUGAGGUGCAGCUUCUUCAAGUUAGGCAUUGAGCGAAAACCCUCUGGCAGGGUGGUCAGCAGGUUGUCGCGCAUACUCAAGAAUCGCAAUCUGACACAAAACGGUAUCCUGUAUUCGCCUAUGCCAUUCUCUACGGCCCUUCCUUGCUGACAAUUGUGGGAUGCUGCCGGUGACUCUCGUGAUGAGAUUGUGGUCGAGCCAGGCGUCCUCGAGGUUGGGAAAGACAGACAGAUCAACGGCUCUACUCAGACGGUUGAAUGAGAGACUCAAGAGCCGAACACUUUCAUAUCCCGGGCCGCUGUGUUCGCGAUCCACCAAUCCGACCAGCCUGACAAUCCACAGGUCCAAACUACUACGUGUGUCGGCGUUUAUCUCGCAUGCAGCGCACCGGUUGCUAUCUGCCAUUAUUCGAUUGAGAUUCUCCAAACCCCGAAAGCCGACAGGCAGGUGACCCUCAAACUGAAACAUGGUAUGACAAGCUUUUACUAAAGCUCGCUUGCUCGUCAUGUUUCUCACCGAGUUGUUGUUAACCCGCAGUGCGCUGAGCGACGUGAGGUCGCUAAGCGGCUCAAGCGUGCCGGAAAAAUUGUUGUUGCCCAAACUCAGAAGCAUGACCGACUUCCAGCCACUCAACGUAUCUGGCAAGGCACCCGAGAGCUGCACAACAGGAAUGCGUGCGGCGUCCUGUGCUUUUUCUGGGAAUAUGUACCCGAUUGCCCUGAAAGUGGACGGAGAUCAGGUUUCCCGCAUUACCUAGCGAAGACGGCAGUGGACCAGAAAACUGACAGUAAAGAGAAAUACAGUUCUCAAAACACACAUCUACGUUUGUGUUGGCUGUGUGCUACGUACGUUGUUCCGCGACACAUCUAAGUGUUGUAGGCUGUCCAUCUUGCUACCCAGACCAUAAGGCAGAGAGCCAACGAGGCCGUUAGAAUGGACAUCCAGUCGGGUCAGGUUAUGGCAAGACGUCACACUGGCCGGAAAGGGCCCUUCCAUCCGCUUGUUCUCCCAUAUCUCCAGGAUCCGUAGGCGCCGAAGUCUGCCGAUGCCUUCGGGGAUGGGUCCUGAAAGAUCUGUCUUCACAAGCCAGAGAGCCUCGAGGCGCGAGAGGUUGGUGAUGGAGGGCGGGAUGGGGCCGGGUGUUGAAUUCAUGAACCCGAGGUACAGGCCCUUGAGAUAUGGCAGCUCGCCAAUUGUAGCCGGAAGGAGCCCAUUCAUGCCGCCCUGACAUUAUAGUUAGCAUCAAAACAAGUGCGCGCGUAAAUUAAUGUGCGCAUCAGAUGUAACUCACCACUUCACGCAGCCCGAUAGCGCGAAGAGAGGUCACUCUGGCGAUCCCAUCACCCAAGCUUCCCUGCAU